UCGAGUGAGCACUAUUGAAGCUGUGCUCUUGAAGUGAAGUGUCACAUUGGUGUUUAUUUGUCUUUGGUUAUUAUUCUUUACAACCACUUCAUAAUCUCUUAGCCGGAAGAUGAAGUCAUGAAGUUUGCGCUGGAGAAGAAUUAUCAUACAACCAUGAUAAGGAUGUGCGGCUGCCGGCGACGCGGACGAUGGAUGACCGUGGGACUCCUGGCGGCCUCCCUCUGCCUCCUCAUCUUCCUCAUAAGAGAUCCGAGAGUCUCCUUCGAUGAGAACUCUGACGUCAUGAUCCCACUCAAAUCCAAACACAAGAACCAAGAGGAAUACAUAGACAAGCGCGGCAUCCACGUGGUGGUCGGGCAUUACAUGGGUGACGACACGCCGGGCAAGACCUCGCCGAAUCUGACCAAUGAAGUCCUCAACACCAACGGCUAUGAUCCUCACGUUGGCGCCGGAGAGAACGGGGAUCCAGUCCAGAUCCCCAACUGGGAGAUAGGGAAGAUGCAGAGGCUGUAUCACAUCAACAAGUUUAACCUCUUGGCCUCUGACAGGAUUUCUGUGAACAGGUCGCUCCCUGACGUCAGGAAAAAGAGGUGCCACGACUCAGUCUUCGACAUCGGCGUCCUCCCGACGACCUCCGUCGUCAUCGUCUUCCACAACGAGGCUUGGUCGACCCUCCUGAGGACCGUCCACUCCGUCAUCUCCCGCUCGCCAAGGCAGCUCCUGCGGGAGAUCCUGCUCGUGGACGAUGCCUCCGAAAGAACUUUUCUCAAGGAACCGCUGGAGGAGUACGUGGCCAAGCUCCCCGUGCCCGUCCGCGUGAUCCGGUCUCCGAAGAGGACGGGGCUGAUCAGGGCGCGACUCCUGGGGGCGCAGGAGGCCAAGGGGGAGGUCCUCACUUUCCUGGACGCCCACUGCGAGGCCACGAAAGGCUGGUUGGAACCCCUGCUCUCAAGAAUCGCGGAAGAUAACAAGCGAGUAGUGUGCCCCAUAAUUGACAUCAUUCACGAAGACACCUUCCAGUACGUCAAGUCUUUUGAGCUCCACUGGGGGGCCUUCAACUGGAACCUCCAUUUCCGCUGGUACACCCUGGGGCAGAAGGAACUUGAUCAGAGGAAGAGAGAUAUUACGGAGGCUUAUAGGACCCCAGCCAUGGCAGGAGGGCUGUUCAGCAUCCACAAGGACUACUUCUACAAGAUUGGUGCUUAUGAUCGCAAUAUGGAUGUAUGGGGCGGAGAGAACCUGGAAAUGUCAUUCAGGGUCUGGAUGUGUGGCGGUUCGAUUGAGAUAGCCCCCUGCAGCCACGUCGGCCAUGUAUUCAGGAAGAGCUCCCCCUAUACGUUCCCUGGGGAAGGGGGGGUAGGGGGCGUCCUCUACAGGAAUCUUGCACGUGUUGCUCUGGUCUGGCUUGAUGACUGGGCUGAGUUUUACUUCAAAAUCAAUGCAGAGGCUGCAAAAGUCCGAGGUGAUGUUGUCGUGAAAGAUCGAGUCAUGCUUCGAGACCGUCUCAGUUGCCACACUUUUGAGUGGUAUUUACAGAAUAUUUGGCCAGAGAAUUUUUUCCCUGCAAAAGAUAGAUUUGUGGGCAAGAUCCGCCAUGACUCUUUGGGCAAAUGUCUCCAGAGGCCAAUGGGUAAAGGGGGCUCAAACCAACCCACGGGCACAGCUGUCUUGCAUGAGUGCGUCUAUGAGGUCUACCCAUCACAGAUCUUCGUAUUUAGUAAAAAAGGCUACAUCAUGACUGACGAGAGUGUGUGCUUAGACGCCCCUGACGCAGAAUCAGCCAAGAAUCCGCAGGUGCGCAUCAUGGCCUGCAAUGAAUAUGAGAGGCAGAAGUGGAGCUACAAGGAGGACACUAAGCAGGUCCAGCACAAGCAGACCGGCUGGUGCCUCGACCUCCCUUCGAAGAGCAAUCCAGACACGCUUUCCCUUAGCAAGUGUGACACAUACAGCGAGUCGCAGAGGUGGAACUUUGAGCACGUGGAUUGGACCAAAGGGCGGUGAUUGAGGCUGGGGGUGAAUGAGAUGAAUCUAAUGCUAUAAUCUUGAAUAAAUAGUGGGUGAAUUGUGUUUAUGGAUGUUAGAGACAGAGGGUGGAGGAAUAAGAAGAAUUGAUGAUGGAAUGAUGACUAAAUAAUUGAUGAAUACAAAAAAAAAGAAAAGAUAAUGGGGAAAAAAAUAACAAAUAAUAGAUGAAUGGUAAAACAGAAUGGCUAGUAAAGAUGAGCAGAAGGUAAAUGAGUAAAAGGUAGGUAGGUAAAUGCGUAAAAAUGCAGAGGGAAUAUGCAAACAAGGAAUAACUUAAAUGAAAGCUGAACAAGAUGAGUUGAUAAUGUAAAGAAGCAUGAUAAAUUAUAAAGAAAGUAUCAUUAACUAAGGAGAAAUACAGAAAAGCUGAAUGAUUAGACUGUUAGAAGAUAGAAAAUAAACACUGAUAAAGAAGUGAAUGACAGCAAGAAAAAUUGAUGGAUAAAUGAAAAUUAGGUGAAUGAUCCAGGAAACAAAGGUGACUAAUCAAAACAUAGAUGGAUAGCUCUUUUUCUAAUAACUGAUUAAAUGAUAUGCAUUGUAUAAAUAAUAGAUGAAGGGAUGAAUGAAUUAGUGCAUAUUGUAUGCAAAUGAAAAAGUGAGUAAUUAAUUACUUAAUGAAUAGUGUAUAAAUAGUAGAUGAAGAGUAAGUUAAUGUUAAAUAAUUUUGUUCCCUGCAAGCUAAAGGGAUCUGAGUCAAUCAACAAGAUAAGUGUACAGUGUGAAUAGCUAUAUAUUUUUUGAUAAACCGUGAUAUACAAGUAGAUAUCCGUACUUCCGGCAACCCAUGAUCCGUCAACCUCUCUUAAUCCUGAUGGAACUGUGAGAGGAUUUUUGACCUUUCCAUACCUACGCUAGAUUAGUUCCUUGUGGUGGCGAUCGCUUAUUUAUUUGAUUCUCGUUUCAUAUUUCUUUUAUUAAGUUCAGGACUUCAUAGUAUGAGUUAGAGAUAUAGGAGGAGUAUAACUUAAGGGCCAGAUGAAUAUUGUGUGUCCUUUGUUGAACUGGAAGAAUAGAUAAUGACAGAAAAUUGGUGGGAUUUACUUUAAUAAGUAUUUUUAUUUAUUAAUUAUGUUUUAUAGGCGUUUGGAUGAAUCCAUGUACUUUUUUGUAAUGUUAUUUCAACUUGAUUUUUUUUCUGGAUAACUUAAUAUUUUCAUGAAUUGAUUGAGUUAUAUUCUUAACCCAUUGCCGCUAGGGAAAAUGAAUAAAAAAUGGGGAAAAUGCUGUGCAAUUUUUUUUUUUUUUUUUUUUUUUGUGAAAUGU